AUGUUUCAUGAUUCGGUUGAUAAUGCCCUUGCUCUGCGUGGUGAGUAUUCGGGUGAUCAAUCACCUCAAAAUCUGAUUUCCCGUUGCCCAGUUUUACAAGAAUUGUGUUUGGAAACUCAAUGGAUUGGGGAUGAUUUCAACUCAAUUCCUCUUGACAAAAUUAAGAUCUCUUCGCCGUGUUUGAAGACACUAAGGAUUCAGCAUUGCAGCUUUGAAGGUGAGGUUUUGAUUGACGCUCCUAAAUUGGAAUACUUGUACAUAGAGGACGAUGAAAUUCGUACAAAGUACUCUCUGACGAAUCCAUGGUCUCUUGUUGAAGUUCAUAUCAACAAAUUUUGUGAUACGGUUGUUGAACUGCUGACAUGCGUCUCGGUUGCCAAAAGGCUGAUGCUAGCUUCCCAGUCUUUAUGGGCUAUUCGUCAUUUUCAUCACGACAACGUUCCCACCAUGUUCCCGAACUUGGUCAAACUUGACGUCGAUAUCCAUUGGAGCUGGGAGUCGUGGAGUGUGCUGUUUAAUGUCUUACACAAAAUGCCACUUCUUGAGCAAUUUACCAUUUCAUAUCUGCAUUUACCUGGAGAUAUAGAUCACACAAGCGGGAUCCUGCCAUUAGAGACACCAAAUUGUCUACGUUUUAAGAUGAAGGAAAUCACUAUACUUAAUGAAGGAGUUGUAACACGGAGACAGGUCAUCUUAAUAGGUUAUUUGCUCAGACACUCGACUGUUUUGGAAAGGGUCACACUAAAUGCUAAUAAUAUUGAGCCGGAGCUGCGUAAGGAGUUACUGAACUUCCAGUGUGGUUCCCAUAUGUGCCGGAUUGAAUUACUUUGA